UCAAUGGCAAUGUCACAUAUUUAGGUCAAGUCUUGACAGGCACUUUGAGAUAUCAUCAUAUCAGAUAAGAGGGCAAAAUACAAGCUUUGCCGUGUUUGGAAGAUCUCUGUCGUGUUGGUUGAAGUUCAGAGGACAGGAAAUCAAAUAUCAUAACAGGCCUACGCAACAAUUUGAAGAUCCAAAAUGGCCACCGAAUUCUCAUUGAUGAAGAAACUGAAGAACUUGACAUUCGGCCUUGGGAAGCGUCAGUGUCGGACUGUGGAUAAAAUCAGGUUCAUCCCAGAUCGCCGUGUGACCGCCCUUGGCAGAUGCGAAGACGAUUUUAAUGCGGACACUCUCUACAUCUGGAAGACUACGUCCAUUAUGCCUUCCAAGAUAAUCAAAGACCGAGUUGAACCGGCCAUAGACAUGACUGUGACGUCAACAGGAGAUAUCAUGGUCCUAAGAAAAGAGGACCCUAUCAUCCGGGUAUUCACUCCGGAUGCUGACACUCCAGCGCAAGCACGAGAUAUCCAUAUCAAAGUUGACCAGACGAUCAAAGAAGAGAUGCUGUUUUUGGAGACUUCUGAAAAGGGGUAUAUCUUCAUCGUCCAUGGGGAUCCUCAAGGGCAACUGCUCGUAUUUAACCCCGAGGGUGCCCAAGUUCAGACUGUAAAGCUAGAAAAGACUGGCGGGAUAUCCUAUUCUAAGGCAGAGAAAAUCAUUUACGUGGCAGCAGACGACCACAUAGGUAAAUAUCAUUGGGAUGGCACGGCCCUGAUGAAAGUAUCGUCUGACCCUCACGGGGUGGCGCGCUUCAGCUGCACCGACGUCGCCAUCGGUAGCUCAGGCGAGGUCUUCGCCACGGGCAGCGUGGAUCAGACCGUGAAAGUUUAUCAGGUGUUGGAAAGGCAACAAGGGAGCGGGCCAGUGCUGAUGAAGGAAGUUGGUUUUGCUGAGAAGGAAGCGAGGAAUAGUUACUCUCCUUCGAGCUGCGCGCAGGGGGAUCAGUUUGCCCUAGAGUACGGCGAGAAUAAACCUAACAUCUGGUUGUACAAUCUUUCAUAAUACUGGACUAAAUGAAAUGGCCAGGGCCAUUGCGCUCACCUCAUGUGGAGGAAAGAUGGAUAAAGAGCAUGAUAUUGUGUCAUGUAGUGUUAGGUUUGAUGUAGGUCCAAGCAAUUACAAUUUCCCCAAAAUGGCCAAUUUACAGUACAUUCGACCUCUGUGACCUUGAAAAGUAGGUCAAAUCAAAGAAGACCCGGGUGACACAUUGAAUGGUUGUUAGAAUUAGAUGUACCUAUGAUAUAAAAUUGGUGCCAAUCGGGCAAGUCAUUACUAGGAAUAAUGGCAUUUUGAAGAAUUUAGGAUUUGGCCCCCUCCCUGGAGGCCAAACGGCAAAUCAGAUCGCACCAAACUUCGGUACCUGAGAUCACCUGACCAAGGGGUACAUGUGUACUUAAUUUGUGAUCAAUAGUCAUUGCAGUUUAGAAACGUGCCAUAGUUACGGCCUGACGGCGAAUUUACGCCAUUUGACCUCUGUGACCUUGACAAGAAGGUCAAAUUAAAAACCUGUGUGACAUAAACUGUAUGGUGGUUAGAUGUACCCAUGAUAUCAAAUUGGUGGCAAUCGGGCAAGAAGUUAAGGAAUAAUCACAUUUUUAAGGUUUUUGGAUUUUGCCCCCUGGUGGUCAAGUGGUGAAUCAUAUUGGACCAAACUUUGGUCCCUGAGAUCACCUGACUAAUGGGUAAAUGUGUACCAAAUUUGGUAUCAAUAGUCAUUGCAGUUUAGAAAUGUGCCAUCGUUACAUCCUAAUGGCCAAUUUACACCAUUUGACCUCUGUGACCUUGAAAAGGAGGUCAAAUCAAAAACCCGGAGGAUAUAUGAUGCACCUUUGCUAGAAGUACCUACCAUAUUUUUUUCAAAAUUUCCCGACUACUAUUAAGGGAGAUAUUGCAUAUUUUCACUUUUAACGUUUGGCCCCCUGGUGGCCAAACCAUGAAACGAAUCGGACUGAAACUUGGUCUCCAAGGUGUCAUUACAUAAGGGUACAUGUGUACCAAGUUUCAACUCAAUAGCUCUAAUAGUUACGAAACGUGCCCUGCUAACGGACGACGGACGACGACGACGACGACGACGACGACGACGACGACGACGACGACGACGACGACGACGACGACGACGACGACGGACGACGGACGCCACGGUAUGGGAUAAGCUCACCUCUGCUAAGAGGUGAGCUAAAAAGGUACUGACUGAAGGACCCAGGAGGCAUGGGUUAGCCUAAAUGGCAAUGUAUUGUAUUCUAUUGUAUUCCAGCACGGACCUAGAACUAUAUGGACCAACAUUAUAUCUUUUGGUCCGUGACACUAGUUUACAAUAAAACGCUGAGAAUGAGGUAUUGGGAACACUAAAAACGUUGCAUCGGCGUUUAGAAAACGAAACUUUGGCUUUAUGACUUCGACUUCUAGGGAAGAAUUUUUCGCUUAGAUACUGCAAGCAGGUGAAGCAAUUGGAAACAAACAGUAUACAUGUAACUCUGGCCAUCACAGAAGGAACAUUUCAAGACUGAACGCCUUCAGACAAAGAUGGGUAUCGUGGUGUGCCAACUUUAGAAUAAAAUCAAGUUUAUAACUGUCUGCCUUCAGAUAAUUGCCAUAUUGAAAGAGAGGCCAGAGAUGCAACAGAGGGUCUCCUUGGCACUCGCCAUGUGGUAAUGUGACUGCAAACAUUAAAUCUGUUUUGAGAAUGGGCGGAAGCUAGAUGUUCAUGUUGGUAGUUUUUCUUACAUUUCAUUGGUCAUACUCAUAAAUUGUUUGGCUGCUAUAAUUUGCUGCCCAGAUAUAAAAAGUAAUUCAUUUUUAUUUGCUUGGCGAAAAGCUUGCAUAUUUCAUCGGAGUAAACCAUAUCCAUUAGACCCGCCAUAAAAUAAUUUACUAAUAACUAAACACACACUUUCGUCAUUUAAUAGAGCAAAGCAAAUGUUAGCUUGCGUUGAUUCUUGUGCAGUGGAUUUUCCGUAACGUAAAAAAACAUGCGAUGCAGACCAGACGGAGUGAUGGAAUAUGUACAUGUAUGUACAAUACCCUCACUGAGGCAUGAUGAACAAUGUCCCGGGCGCUACAAAGAAGGAUUGCACACAAAAACACAAAUCACUAUUUGGCAAAUGGACGCUGUAGUCAAAAUUCUUACAAUAGUGAGGUUCCGCAUCGCUCACGAAAUAUGAUUGCGAAUUACGAAGAACAUGCAGGCGACGCUUCAGACCCAUUUCGAAUUGGGGUGUCAACACUUUCAUACCGCGGCGCGUGGCUCGUUCAUAGCGGUCAGUUUUUAAUGGCGGUACCAUUCAAGCAAAAUCAUCAUUUUUGGAACGAAAGGCAAGCAAUACACAUAUACAUUCAUGGCAUAGAAUGCUAAGUAAAGGGAAACACCAUGCCUAUUCCCUGGUGAACCGCCCUUCGCCAAAAUCAAAACUUGAGAGACUUACAUGGCUAACUUCUGUGUCUCUGUGGCGAAUUGGGGUUAAGACAAAAAGAAGCUAACGGUUUAAGACAUUGGAGAAAAGGUAUGGUGUUUUCCUAAGCACGGGGCUGACAAGUAUAACAUGCAACUUUAGAUACAUAACAACUUUGAAUUAUCCGUGUAAUUGCGAACCUGAUAUGCUAUGAGACGACCGCGGAGUUCCUAUUUUCAAACGGAUAAUGGUGGUUUUGUAUCUAAACUCGCUCAAAUGUAUGUAAUAAAACAA